AUGCCGCUGUCCGGCAUGGAUAUCUCGCUGCCUAGAUCAAUGGCGGGCGCUGUAAGCUACGACGAUGACUACGAGACAGAUUCUGACUUAGGCGUCGACUCUGAUGUUGAAUCGGACUUCACUGCGACCCCUACAGACGAGGUAUUCGACUCGCAAGAUCGCGCAAGACAUUUCUCAGCAAACGACCUGCCACAAUGGCGGCAAGCGGGGACCAAGGCACAAGAAGCAUGGCCGCGCGCUGCCAAGUCAACACCAAAUCCAGCUCCUACACACACACGAUGGAGCGAGUCAGAAGCACCAAUGUCGAACACAGAGGCGCCGCCGCCAGAUUAUGAAGCUGUGACUGCUAGCCGGCCAUACGGGCAACGGUUCUACCACGAGACGAAUAUGCCAUCAAAUAAUCAUUCCCCGUCUUCUCAAGCGCCUUCAUUCACACCACAAGGCACUGCCUUCGGCCAGUUUCAGCCUCAAUCGUCAGCGCCGCAGAGCAUGAGUGAUCCUGCGCUCAUCAGACGACAUCUGUCCGACGAAGAGACCGGUUUACUCACAGGCGUCAGGGGCAAAAGGCGUCAACGAAGAUGGCUAUUCUGCCUGAAGAAAUUGUCGGUCUGCAACAUUCUCCUUGCGGCUGUGUUUGUAGUAACAGUCCUCCUGGCCAUCGGCGCUUCAGAUAGCGCGAGCGAGAGUGGUAGUAACGGCGAUCCAGACCAAGGCGGUGCUUCUCCGAACGAUCCACCAGGCCCAGCGUUACCACCUGAGGCGUCGGCUCCUGCGAGUGCUGAAUGUCCAUACGAGUACUAUAGCGAGACUCAGUCAUUCAGUUUUUCGAGAAUAUCAAACUUUUCCUUCGUGGAGCUUAUGGAGGGCUCGGACUGGAUCUCUGGGGGCAUCAAGGGAACGGUGAACGUACAGCCCGGUCUGCAGAAUCAGAGCGAAGAUGUGCGACUUUCCUUGUCUUAUGCGACCACCAAACCUUGGACAUGGCUUGCGUCAAACUUUGUCAAGACAGAAGACUCGUUGAUGCUUCAGCUACCGGAUCUGAAGAAAACCCAGGGUGGGUAUAGAGCAAGACCGUGUAUGUGGGUGUACGUCAAGAUUGAAGUACGUUCGGGAGUUAGACUCGAUGGAUGGGAACUGGUCAUUGAAAAUCUCGAUGUCAAUGUCGAAGAUGGUCUUUUCAGCAGUGCCGAAGGCACAGAAGAUCUUUCCGUUCUCGAGAUUGGCGGGCCAUCUACCUUCAAUACGAUUCGAGGCAAGGUGCAAGUGGCGUAUUGGUCUUCGCGAGAGACACGAGUCGAUGUCAUAUCUGGGUCCAUCAAGGGAGACUUCGCCCUACGUGACUUGCUGUCACUGAAAAGUCAGUCCGGCUCCAUCGAUGUAGUGGUAGACCCGAAACAGGCCGAUCCCGAGCACACGAAGCCAGCAGAGUACAUAGCCCAGUCCAGGUCCGGCAGCAUCAAAUCGCGCUUCCCGAGCAGUGGCGACAUACCCGAACGUGAAUAUAUCGCCAGGGUAGAAGGCCAAUCAAGCUCCAUAUCAGGGUCUUAUAUCCUUGGAUCCUUCAGCUCUUAUCACACUGUUUCUGGAAGCAUCACUCUGGAUCUGCUACCCAGGUUUGACCGCAAGAUGCCAUCAAACCUUCACACUGAUACUCGUUCUGGCCACACGAAGAUCAAGGUCCUAACACACCAGGAGUUCCCUGGCGAGCCUUGGUCAGAAGCGCACACAAGUCAUAAGAGCACAUCAACGAGUGGGUCUAUCGAUGUCAUUUAUCCGCAAGAAUGGAGCGGGUGGAUCGAAGGAGAGACCAUUAGCGGCAGUAUCGAUGUGAGUGGGAAGGAUGUCGAGAUCGUGUCAGAUGAGCGCAGAGGAUCUAUGUUCAAGCACUUGGUGGCUAGGAAGGGUGUCGAUGGCCAUGGCGCCAUUGGCCUGAAGUCAGUGAGUGGUAGUCUCAAGGUCCGAGUUGAUGAGUUCUAG